UUAAAAAUAAUGCGUUAAAAUGCACACCUACCGUGUCUGUCAAAGCCAAAAAAUGCGUAUUGCUCUUGCCCAUGACCACCGACUGGUCACUAUUUGUCAUUUCCUGAAAAUACACAAAAGUAGAGCUCCUUUCUCUUUCCCUUUCUCCUUCUGCUCCAUUAUCACCAAAACAAGGAAACCCUAAUCCUCACCCUAGCCUACCGCCGGUGACCACCAGCCUGUCGUUAGGAUGCGCGAGAUUCACCCUUUUUCUUUGUCGCCUGAACUCGUGAAACCAAAAAGGAUAGAGAACCAGUCUCUAAAUCCAUGCAAUUCUUGAAAAUUAUCAUUGAAAGCCAGAGGUUCGUGCUGGGGGAGGUUACAAAAUCUCAAAAUUUCUUCAUCAUCUUUCCAUUUUUUUUAUUUUAAGCUUUCAAAUUCGGAUUUUAAUGUCCGGAUAUGCGUCUAUACAAUGGAGGCUUCACCAUCUCCAAAAAAAAAGGUGGAGGAGGAGAGCAAAAAAAGAUGGAGGAGAGAGCGAAAAAGAAGGAGAGAGAAAAAGAAAAGAGGAAAUAUUCGUGAAAAGAAGCUAAAGAAAAAAAAUCGAGUGGAGAGAAAAAAAGAUGUGAACAAGGGAUAAUAUUGAGAAAAAUAAGAAGUUAGGAGAGAUCAGAAGCAAAACACACACACAAAAAAAAGAAAAUUGGAAGAAAGGAAGUCAAAAAAAGAAAAUAGCUUAUAUUUUGAUAAUUUUUAGCAAAGUCAGAUAUUGCAAUAGCUGGUUUCCUUUUGAUUUUAUGCUAAAUUCUGUGUCUCGAAUUGAGUUUGAGGUCGUCAGAAAAUUCGACGUCAACCCCCGUUUGCUGCCACAACAAAGAUGGAAAUCAACCAAAACCUCGCCAACAUCCACAUGCUGACUGGCAUUCCCCAUAUCCUGAGAAACUGGUGGGGAAACAUUCGACUGGUGCAUGGAGAAGAGGUGUUUGCACAUUUGGGAUCUUUGAUAGACCUGAUGGAGAUAAGGGCAGAUAAGCUACUGAUUCGAUUCCUAGUCGAGUUCUGGGACCCGACUACAGUUACUUUCAGAUUCACAGACUUUGAGAUCACGCCUACCUUAGAGGAGAUCAGCCAAAUGGCUAAUUUUUCAUUGACAAGGCGGGUACCUUUGGCCCCCCAUACUACUGCAGGUAGCCAUUUUCUUCGCGACAUAGGAUUGAGAGUUGGUGCAGGCUUGAGAAUGGUUGAAGCAGGAUGGGUAAGCUUAGGUUAUCUCUUCGAAAGGUUCGGUAGAAGAGAAAGUUAUGAAUGUUUUUGAGAGGAGUUUUUCUUUACCAGGAUCGAAUGGGAGAGACACAGAGCCAUUAUUUUUAUGGUGGAUUUUCUUGGUAUUAUGGUGUUCCCAAUGAGAGGGAACCGGAUUAGCAUUCACCUACUCCCCAUGGUCAUAUUCAUGUGUAGGGGACCAAUCAGAACCACGAUCGUGCCGAUGAUUCUAGCGGAAGUCUUUCGGUCUUUGUCCGCAUGCUCAAGGGGGCACGAUUUUUUCAGAGGCUGCAACCUAAUGCUCCAAGUUUGGGCAUUAGAACACUUUUAUCGUAGGGACGGUGUCGGAGAGGCUGGCCCUAAUCAGAUUUCCAGCCACAGACUUUGAGUGUCCAUAUGGGAGAUGCCAGGUAAUGAGAAGCAAUGAUGCGCCUUUCUAAUCCAUCUCACCGGUAACCUUAUCCAGUGGAGGCUACCGUGGGUUAGUGGCCGAGUAAUGCUAAGAAGGCAUUACACUUAUUUUCUUGAAUUGAUUGGGUUGGAGGGAAUCCAGCCAUAUGCGUCUUUGAGAGUUCUACGACAAUUCGACAUGAUUCAGAACGUACCUUUAUGGUUAAACAUGGCAUUGUCGGACAUUGAUUAUGAAGAAAGAAUCCCCAUAUAGAGGCUUGGUAACCUAAUCAAUGGAUGGGGACAGAUCAUCAGCUUAGGUAUGCUUGUUGACCCCUACUACACUCCCGAUUACUACACGUGGUAUAGAUUGGAAGACAUUCUGGCUAGAAUAAGUUAUGAGGCAUUUUAAGGACUCGCAGACAUUCAUAGAGAAGACCACAUUCGAGAGAAACUUCUUUAUCUUAGGCCUGUAACCACAGCCAUGUACGAGCAAGUGAUUCCGGGAUCGGUGGAUCACUUCAUCCCUGCUGUGGAUGAUGAACCCGAGGAUGAUAUAGAGGAGCAUCUUGAGGAGGACCCGGAGAAAGAUCUAGAGGAUAUGGAGGGAGAUCCUGAGGAGAAACCAGAGGAAGACCCCGAGGAGGACCCGAAAGAAGAUCCAAAGGAGGACUCGAUGGAAGAGCAGGAGGGGGAACUAACAGAGGAGAUGAAGGAAGACCCUGAAGAAGAAGAGUAUGGACCCAUAGAUUUCAGUGGAGGAGAAGAUGAAGACCACCAAGGACAGCAGUCCAACAGGUCCCCAGAGUAUCACCCAGGGCCCUAUUAUGACCUCGACAAUGAUGAUGAUGAUCCCCCCCAGCUGGCCUUAGGACCCAUUUCUGUCUCUGAUUCCUAAAGGGUUUUGCAUGACCUAUUUGUGCUUUUUCUUUUCAUUUCUAUUUUCCCUAAAAGGGUCUUGCAUGACCUCUAUUGAUACCUACCAUGAUGUAAUCUUUAGUUUGAGACUUUUGUCUUUGU